AGAGCGGGACAAAGAGGGGGAGGCCCACUCUCUCUUUCUUUCUUCAUGUGGGGGAGGAGAGGGGGAGGAUUAACCGGCUGAUCUGCGACACGCGCUCACACACAUCAAAAACACAUUUCUUAUGAACACACACAUGCACAAACAGCGGGGCUGCAGGGUGAUGCUUCAUCUGGAUCAGCAGCAUCAUCAUCAUCGGCACCGGGAGACAAAGAGACAGGAAAAGGAGGAGAGGGGAAGCUCAUCGUCUAGCGGAGGAGAGGGAGACAUCGUCUAGGAGACAGAAUCUUAGACCGGCCUUCCCCAGCGCCGGCCCAGUGAUGGCCGACCACAUGUUCCUGCUGGCUCUGAGAGGGUGCUGAGGGUGGGUGUGUUACCGUGGUGUGUUACCGUGGUUACAGCUGUGUGUGCGGGGUGUGUGUCUGGGGUGUGUGAUGGGGAACGCUGAGAGCAUGGAGAGCCAGCUGGCCGUGAUCCGGUCCAGAGCUGCACCGGUCCGACUCCCGAUGCCCGACCCGGCGGAGCUGGAGGAGAGGUUCUCCAUCGCACUGAACUCGAUGAAUCUUCCCCCUGACAAGGUCCGUCUGCUCCGUUCCUAUGACAAUGAAAAGAAGUGGGAGCUGAUUUGCGAUCAGGAGCGGUUUCAGGUCAAGAACCCUCCACACACCUACAUCCAGAAGCUGAGAGGUUUCCUGGACCCGGCCGUCACACGCAAGAAGUUCAGACGAAGAGUUCAGGAGUCGACGCAGAUGCUCAGAGAGCUGGAGAUUUCUCUACGCACAAAUCACAUUGGGUGGGUCAGAGAGUUUCUCAACGAGGAGAAUCGAGGUCUGGAUGUUCUGGUCGAGUACUUGUCCUUUGCCCAGUAUGCCGUUACGUUUGACGGGGAACAGUCUGAGUCCAGCAGCGAGGUGGCAUCUAUCGACUCUCCCUGGAGUCGGUCCAUAGAGGAUCUCCAUGGAGACUGCAGCCUGCCGUCCCCGUCCUCAUCCGCCCCGCGAGCAGCUCGACACUCCAUCAGCUCAGCUCUGGUGACGCGGUCCAACACGCUCCCCAGUCGGCGGACGCUGAAGAACUCCCGUUUGGUCUGUAAGAAGGACGAUGUUCACGUCUGCAUCAUGUGUCUGCGAGCCAUCAUGAACUACCAGUACGGCUUCAACAUGGUGAUGUCUCACCCUCACGCCGUCAACGAAAUCGCUCUCAGCCUCAACAACAGGAAUGCAAGGACGAAGGCUCUAGUCCUGGAAUUAUUGGCAGCCGUGUGUUUGGUCCGAGGUGGACAUGAAAUCAUCCUGUCUGCCUUCGACAACUUCAAAACUGUGUGCACUGAAUCGAUGCGCUUUGAGAAGCUGAUGGAACACUUCAAGAACGAAGACGACAACAUUGACUUUUUGGUGGCCUGCAUGCAGUUCAUCAACAUUGUAGUUCACUCGGUGGAGGACAUGAACUUCAGAGUCCAUCUGCAGUACGACUUCACCAAGCUCAACCUGGACGACCACCUGGAGAGUCUCAAACACACGGAAAGUGACCGCCUGCAGGUUCAGAUCCAGGCGUACCUGGACAACGUGUUUGAUGUCGGGACUCUGCUGGAGGACGCAGAGACCAAAACCGCUGCUCUGGAGAGAGUUGAAGAGCUGGAGGAGAGUCUGGCCACGAUGUCCGAGCGUCUGCUGGACGUGGAGAACGAAGCCAUGUUGAAGAUUGUGGAGCUGGAAAAGCAGCUGAUGCAAACCAAUAAGGAGUUGGACCAAAUGCGGGACGUGUACUCCAACGCCAAUUCCCAGGUGCACACGCUACGGCGAAUGGUCCGAGAGAAGGACCAGACCAUCCGACGCCAGAGUCGUCUGGAGCGCCAGGCUCAGGAGGCCCAGGCCGGGGUCCUGGGGGCCCCUCAGCCCCAGAGAGGGGAGGGGGAUGGCGGGGUGGCCGAGUCCGCCUCCCCCUCACCUCCACCCUGCCAUAACCUGUCCCCCAGCCCUGAGACGGUAGCCUAUCACAGCAUGGGACCUGGGAUGGGCGGAACUCUAGGAGCCCCAGCCCCACCCCCUCCUCCUCCACCACCACCACCGAUGCCGGGCACAGUGCCCAACGGGUCGUAUCCUGCCCCGCCGCCCCCGGCCCCCCCACCUCCCCCUCCUCCCCCUCCUCCCCCCUCCAGGAACAGUGAACUGUCCUCCGUCCCCCUGCCACCCCCGCCCCCCCCGGCCGCCCCCCCACUCCCAGGCCCGGGCGGGUCUCCAACCGUGAUCUUUAACUCUGGACUGGCAGAGGGUCCGCUCAAGUUAUUCUCCGUGAAGAUAAAGAAACCGAUCCAGACCAAGUUCCGGAUGCCGGUUCUAAACUGGGUGGCCCUGAAGCCGAGUCAGAUCAACGGAACCGUCUUCAAUGACAUCGACGAUGAAUCCAUCCUGCAGGAUCUGGACGUGGAAGGGUUUGAGGAACUCUUCAAGACCAAGGCCCAAGGUCCGGCUCUGGAUCUCACCCUCUCCAAACAGAAACUUCCUCAGAAGGCUCCAUCCAAAGUGUCUCUGCUGGAGGCCAACCGAGCCAAAAACCUGGCUAUUACCCUGAGGAAGGCUGGGAAAGGACCCGAAGUCAUCUGCCGGGCCAUCCAGACAUUCGACUUCCGGACGAUUCGGGUGGACUUUGUGGAGUGCCUGGUGCGUUUCCUGCCGACGGAGGCCGAGGUGAAGCUGCUACGUCAGUACGAGCGGGACAGGAAACCUCUGGAGGCUCUGAGUGACGAAGAUCGAUUCAUGAUGCAGUUCAGUCGCAUAGAGAGACUCAGCCAGCGCAUGACCAUCAUGACCUUCAUGGGAAACUUCUCCGACAACGUCCAGAUGUUGACGCCGCAACUUCAUGCCAUCAUUGCUGCUUCAGUGUCCAUAAAGUCUUCUCAGAAGCUGAAGAAGAUCCUGGAGAUCAUCUUGGCUCUGGGGAACUACAUGAACAGCAGCAAGAGAGGAGCGGUUUACGGAUUCAAGCUGCAGAGUUUAGACCUGCUCCUGGACACCAAAUCCACCGACAGGAAGCAGACGCUGCUUCAUUACAUCGCCAACGUGGUGCGAGCCAAAUACGCCGGCGUGUCUCUGUUCUACAACGAGCUGCACUACGUGGACAAAGCUGCUGCAGUGAGCCUGGAGAACGUGCUGUGUGACGUGAAGGAGCUGCAGCGCGGCAUGGAGCUCACCUGGAGAGAGUUCAGCGUCUCCCACAACAGCAUCCUGAAAGACUUCAUCAGCAGGAACGAGUCCCGCCUCAACAAGCUGCAGGAGGACGCCCGCAUUGCCCAGGAUGCCUUUGAAGAUGCAGUGAAGUUUUUUGGAGAGAGCUCCAAAACGAUGCCGCCGUCCGUCUUCUUCCCCAUCUUCGUCCGAUUCAUCAAAGCCUACAGGGCGGCUGAGGAGGAGAACGAGCAGAGGAGGCGUCAGGAGCAGAUGCUGCUGGAGAAACUGGAGCAGGAGGAGCAGCAGCAGCAGGAGGAGCACACCAAGUCUCCGUCCCACAAGGGCCGGCGGCAGCAGCAGGAGCUGAUCACGGAGCUCCGGAGAAAACAGGGAAAAGACAGUCGUCACGUCUACGAAGGGAAGGACGGAGCCCUGGAGGACAUCAUCACAGCUCUGAAGACGGUUCCGUUCACGGCUCGAUCGGCCAAACGCAGCUCUCGCUUCUUCUGCGACCCGGCCCACCCCGAGGAGCACUACUGAACCCGGGUCCGGUUCUGAAACCCGGGUCCAGUUCUGAUGGGACCCGGGUCCAGUUCUGAUAGGACCCGGCCCACCCCGAGGAGCACUACUGAAACCCGGGUCCGGUUCUGAUGGGACCCGGGUCCAGUUCUGAUGGGACCAAACAGCACUUUGGACAUUUCUGAUCAAUCAAUGUGAACAGAUGACGACACGUUUUGUAGCAUGUUUAUUGAUCCCAGACCAGGAACCCAGACCCAGUGGACUCUGAUCAGGUGAUCCAGGUACCAGGUACCACCGGACCGCUGAUAGUACUUAAGGUACCAGGUACCACCGGACCACCGAUAUACUCCAUGUACCAGGUACCGUCUGUCCUCCAGGUUUAACCAGCCCAGAUGUUAACCCAAACUCUGAAUUUCAAUUUCUGAAUGUUUGUUCCUGGUUCCUGUUGGAAACAUUUGGACUCCCAGGAUUCUACAGCAGCUGGAUGUUUGGAGGUGGAUCUUCUGGUCCUGAGAGCAGCGAGGGCUCCACCUCCACCGGUGCUGAUGUUAGACAAUUAUCAUAAAAACAAAACCGGUGGAGGUGGAAGCAGCAACGGGAUGAGCAGAGGGGGAGGGGGGCGCAGGCAGGUGGAAGCAGCAAUGGAAUGACAGGGGGUGGGGGGGUCUGGGACCGCAGGCCAGCAUGCAGCUCCCGAAGCUCCGGUCUGCAAACAUGCACAAAAGAGAAAAAAGGGGGGCCAGCACAAGAAACUACAGGAGCGAUGGACAAAAACGAUAGCUAUGAGAAACUGAGAAAUGGAAAUGGAGAAGAGAGGAAAGGAAGAGGAGAGGGGCUGAUAGCAGAACACCCGCCCUCCAAAUCUACAUUUAGAUACUCUAGGAACUACGAGUAAACCUGCACUCCGAGAACGGAGAGCUCUGCCAGGAACAUAAGGCACUGUCAUGUCUUGCCAAUAUUGCGGAGCUAAGCCGUUUUGGGCUUUAUAUGCAAGUAAUCAAAUUUUAAAUUGGAUUCUGAAUUUUACAGGUAGCCAAUGGAGCGACGCUAACACUGGAGAGACGUGGUCUCUCCUGCUAAUUCCUGUCAGCACUCGUGCUGCUGCAUUCUGGAUCAGCUGGAGCCUAUUCAGCAAAUUACUUGAACAUCCUGCUAACAACACAUUACAGUAAUCCAGUCUAGAAGAU